GUGAAUAUCAUAGUAGACCAAAUCCGAGCAAUCAUGGACAAGAAGUCCAAUAUUAGGAAUGUGUCUGUGAUUGCUCAUGUUGAUCAUGGCAAAUGGACCUUAACAGACUCCUUGGUGUGUAAAGCGGGCAUCAUUGCCUCAGCCAGAGCAGAAGAAACGCAAUUCACAGACACACAGAAAGAUGUAUCGCACUCAAAUCUACAUAAGAAUUUGGCAAUUUCCAGGUAUUAUGAACUCUCAGACAACGACUUGGCCUUCAUCAAACAGUGUAGGGAUGGUUCAGGUUUUCUUAUUAACUUAAUUGACUCCCCUGGACAUGUUGAUUUGUCCGCUGAAGUUACAGCAGCUCUCCGUGUCAGUGAUGGUGCCCUUGUUGUGGUUGACUGUGUUUCAGGGGUUUGUGUACAGACAGAGACUUUUCUGCAUCAGGCCAUUGCGGAACGUAUCAAACCAGUACUGAUGAUUAACACAAUGGAUUGUGCUUUGGUGGAAUUGCAGCUGGAGCCUGAGGACAUUUCCACCUACAGAGAGGGUGAAACUGGACCAAUGGGUAAUAUUAUGAUCAAUCCAGUUAUCGGUCCUAUUGGGUUUGGCUCUGGUUUGCAUGGCUGGGCAUUUACACUGAAGCUGUUUGCGAAGAUGUACGUAACCAAAUUUGCUGCCAAAGGUGAAAACGCACAACUCCCUGCAGUUGAGCGUUCAAAGAAAGUGGAAGAUGUGAUGAAAAAACUCUGGGGUGAUCA